CACCCACACCAUCCAACCCUAUCAGUCCCUUCAUCAAGCAAAUCAAUCAAUCCAUCAGUCGUACCCGUCAUUGUAUACCGGUCACACGAUACCAUCUCAUACCACCCUUCCAGCCUCGUCCGCAAUAUAGCGGUACACUAGGCUGCUCUGACCCACCGCAUAUACCCCGUCGAAGCGCGUGCGUGGGAAGACGCAAUACGACUUGGCGAAGAUGGCGAGCUGCAAUCAUCCCAUCCAUGUCGGUGGGAUGUGCGCAGUUUGCGGCGCUCUGCUAAGUGAUGCGCAACAAUCGCAAUCCAUCUCGAUGAUGCACGAUACAGAGUCCGUCACCGUCUCGCGUCAAGAAGCACAACGCCUCGACUCAGAGUCCACGCGCCAUCUUCUGGAUCAGCGCAAGCUAGCCCUCAUUGUCGAUUUGGAUCAGACCAUCAUUCAUGCAACUGUAGACCCGACUGUAGGCGAAUGGCUCAAGAGUCCCGAGAACCCCAAUUACGAAGCCUUGAAGGGCGUGGGAGCAUUCCGACUGGGCAUGGAUGGCAAGGCCGUCCUGGAAGAUGGGACUGGUAUAGGUUCUCGGUCGUCGUCUUCUUCGUCCACCUCCAAAGCGACCACUGCAGACGAUGAAGGCUGCUGGUACUACGUCAAGCCUAGACCAGGUCUCGCCGACUUCCUCAAAUCCCUCUCAGAGCGCUACGAGUUGCACGUCUAUACCAUGGGCACGAGGUCGUAUGCAGACUGCGUAUGCAAGCUCGUGGAUCCAGACGGAUCUCUGUUUGGGACGAGGAUCCUCUCGAGAGAUGAGAAUGGCAGUCUGGUCCAGAAAAGUUUGACCAGACUGUUCCCGAUGGAUACGAGCAUGGUGGUAAUCAUCGAUGAUAGGGGAGAUGUGUGGAGCUGGAGCCCAAAUCUGGUCAAGGUCAUACCUUACGACUUCUUCAUCGGCAGCGGAGACAUUAAUGCGACCUUCCUGCCAGCGGCUCCGGGCCCAGCAGCUAUCGGACCUCCCCCUUCUGACGGAGCAUCGUCCUCUGCCAAUCCCCUCCCUACUGCCUCUCCCAGUGACGCAGUCAUUUCGCCUACACCAUCACCUCCCUCGUCACAGGGCUCAACGGAAGAACAAGCAGCUUCUGCAACCACCGAGCAGCUCAAUGAUGCUGCAGAGAAGGAAGAACAAGCUGCAGACAACGCGGCAAAGGCCAAGGCAGAGGAGAGUCAGAAGAGCGCCGUCACUGAGCAGCUAGGCUCCCGGCCUUUGGCUAAGAUGCAAGAGAGACUAGACGAGGAGCUGGGUGUAACUCCGUCGCCGAGUGAGAUUGGGGCAGAAGAUGUGCAAGGACUAGUGGACGCAGUGGAAUCAUCUUCUGCUUCUAGUGCUCCAUCUACGUCAGGCGAAGGACUAGCAAGCAAGUCCCCAUCUCCACUGUCCCCUGCGACAUCAGCAACCUCAGCAGCGCCUUCGCUAGAAGCUCCUGGCCCACCUCCUGCUAAGCCACAGCAAGCUGGCCCGCAAAGACCUCACGCUAUCCUGAAGAACGACGAUGUGGAGCUUCAAAGGGUGCAGAGGAUUCUCGACUCCAUCCACCAGCGCUGGUACGAACAAUGGGACGGCAACGAGAAACUUAAACAGACGGCAAAGGGGACAGUAGCGGUAGAUUCGAACACAUUAGUCAAGCCAACGGUCAUGGACAUCAUUGCCGACCUGAAGAAGGAGGUACUGCGCGAUUGCGAUAUCGUCUUCUCAAGCCUCAUCCCUCUCGGCGGUAGUAUAGAGGACUCUGACUACUUCUGGCUCGCAUGCGAGUACGGCGCCUCGUGCUCCGAAAAGCUGAAGCCUGACACCACGCAUCUGAUCGCAGCCAAGGGCGGCACAGCGAAGGUGAACGCUGCCCAGUCUAGGGGCCAUGUUGAGGUCGUCUGGCCCAAUUGGCUACACGAUACUGUCGCGAAGUGGGAGAGACAGCCGGAAGCUUACUACCGACUGCCCCGAGCCCCUCCCGAUGCUGAACCCCUCUCAUCAGAGCAGCCCACCGAUGACGAGCUUUUGACUUCUUCUGACGAGGAGGUGAAUCUGACUGGGGGCGAAGGGGACGAUGUUGCCUCCAUAGGGCCGAGCAAAGACGGCGCUGAGUGGGCCGGACCUGGAGGCACGCUAGCUGGAGUGAACUGGGCAGAGGCGGACAAGGAACUUGAAGAGUACCUCAAUGGCUCUGAUGGAGACGAAGAGGAUCUGGGUAGCGAGGACGGAGAUGUGUCUGUGGCUGGCUACACCACUGACGGCAGCGUAUCACGUACCCCGAGUAGGAGGGGUAAGCGCAGCCGUAUGUCAUCACCCUCAAUUAAUGGUGACGUCGUCAAGCAAGCCUCCAACGGGACCUCAGCCUCAUCCAAGAGCUCUCCUCUCGUGCGCACAGCUUCGAGCACAUCGAACCCCAACGGUAAGCGGCGCCGCGUGACAUCCGGCAAGCACUCGGAUGCGGAAGAUACCGACAGUGAGCGACUACCAUCUGCUUCUCGACUGGCAGGACGAGUCUCGGGAUCCGCGACAGGUGGAGCUUCCAGCAGGAGCGGAACGCCCGCUGGAGAUGAGACGGGGGCUAGCUUCAUGCAAGAUCUCGAGGAUGAGAUCGAAGCGGCCAUGGGAGCGGUGUCCGACGAUGGAGAAGGGGAUGAUGAGGGAGUCAAGGCGGAUGGCUUUGAAGAUGGAGAAGACGCAGGAGAAGCUGCAGCUUCAGAAGGGUUUGAGAAAGCGGGAGUGAGAGCGGAUUGAAAGUCACCUCAGGAGGAGCCGGACGGACAGAAAGAGAGAGAGAGAGUCACGUCCGUCCAGGCACCCAAGCUACCCCUGCCCUUGCUUGCAUACCAGUAUCGUUCUCGUCUAGUGGUGCAAGUGUUGUACAAUAGCCUCCACUUUCACGCCUUGUACUCCCUCAAUGUGCUCUACACUUGCCUUUGUCACCUCGUUCUACUUUCCCCA